CAUUUCUUUUCUUAUAUAAGAGAAUUAGGCUUCCACUUGUACAUUGCACCAAUACUACCUACUUUCAUUCUGCAUUUCAAUCUCGAGGUAUGGAAAUAGCUUCUUCUCUACAUCAUGAACCUGAGUUCUGGGAGCUAGUAUUGGAAGAAAAAUGGCAAGAAGUAAUUGAAAAAUACAGACAAGAUAGUAAAUGUCACACGAUAGAAAUCCAGGGAAGAGGAACAGCAUUGCACGUGGCAGUAAGCAGUGGAUGCAAAGAUGUAGUGAAAAAUCUUCUAGAAGCAAUUGUAAACCAUGAUAAAAGUAGUUUGACGAUGGUGGAUAAAAGGGGUGCUACUCCUCUUCACCUUGCAGCAUAUAGAGGAUUCACAGAUAUGUGUGAAAAUAUAAUUGGAAAAGGUGAAAGGGGAUAUUUGAUUCAACAGAAAAAUGAAAUGGGAGAAACACCACUAUUUUGGGCUGUGCGUGCACGUAAAAGAUUAGUGUUUGUUUAUCUACAACAGUUUUGUCCUACUGAUAUCAAUGUUGCUAUUGAUUACAAUAAUACUAGCAUCCUUCAUGUUGCCAUUCAAAGUGAAAUGUUUGAUUUGGCAAUUAUGAUAAUGUAUUGCUACCCAGGUCUUAUAUCUACGAAGGACAAUGAUGGCAUCAUUCCUCUUGAAAUUCUUGCUACUAGGACAUCAGCCUUCAAGAGUGGAUGUAGGCUAUCAUGGUGGAAGCAAAUUUUGUACUAUUGUUUUACUAUAAGCCGCCGCAACGCAAAGACUACAUUGGAAUUGUUUCAAAACAAUGAGAAAGGUGAUUAUAGUGCAAUAGAAAUAUAUGAUGUUGAUAAAUUAGAAAAGGCAUACAAAAUAAGUCCUUCUCUUGCUCAAUCCUGUCACAACAUUCAAACGUCUAUAUUCAAAUGGUCAAUCCUGUCACUAUUGGACUUAGAGGGAAUAAAGAAAAUUAAGACGAAGCACACAUAUGGUGGUCAGCUCUUAGAAGAAUUUAUGAAAAAACCUACUGAGUCAUACAUAGGUGGUGGGUUUAAUCCAGAUCUUGACAACUUAGAACGCGGUAUUGAAAUGGAAGAAGCACUUGUAAAUUUUCCAACAUUUUCCAAGAGCAAAAAGGAAAAAGGUGAUACCUCAAUUCAAGAUAUUAAAAAAAAUGAAACAAACAGUGAUGUAAAGGACACAUCUUAUUUGAUUGCGGCAAGUCAUGGAAUAGUUGAGAUGAUGUUAGAUCUUCAAUCAAACAUAAAAAGUGUGAUCUAUGAGACUAACUCUAAUAAUGAAAAUGCAUUGCUUUUGGCAGUAAAGAAUAGGCAACCACAUGUUAUUCAGUGGAUGAAGAAUAAUUUACCUGAUGGAGUCGUUAAUCACUUAAUUCUACAAGUUGAUAAAAAUGAGAAUACCGUGUUACACUUGGCAGCAUAUACAUCAUUCGAAAGAGAAAAUACUUGGAGGAUGUCUGGAGUUGCCAUGCAAAUGAUGUGGGAUAUCAAGUGGUAUAAGUACAUAAAAGAACUAGUACCAGAGCAUUUCAAUAAUAAAGGCAACAAAGAAAAAAUAACUCCAAGUGAAGUCUUUAAGGAGAAACACAAAGAACUUCUAGAAAGCAGUGUUAACUGGUUGAAAGACACAGCAGAGUCAUGCUCAGUUGUAGCAGCUCUCAUUGCCGGUGUCUCCUUUGCGACAUCAGGCAGUGUACCUGGUGGCAAUCAGCAAACAGGACAACCAACAUUAGAAGGACAACCUGCAUUUGAAGGAUUUGCUAUAUCUUCAUUAAUUGGACUUUACUUCUCUGUCACUGCACUCAUCAUGUUCCUUGCUAUACUCACUUCUCGAAAAGAAGUUGAAGACUUUUGUCGAAACUUGCCAAUGAAGCUUCUUUUUGGUUUGUGUUCUCUCUUCGUAUCCAUUGUUGCCAUGUUUGUUUCUUUCUGUGCUGGACAUUUCUUUGUGCUCACUGAUAAAUAUACAAAAGGAAGUAUCUUGUUCUAUUUAUAUAUUUCCAUUUGCCUACCUGUCACAUUCUAUGCAGCUGUGCAGUUUCCGUUAUUCAUUGAUCUUGUCAAAGUUAUUUGGAAGAAAGUUCCACCUCCAAGUGUUAAAGGUGUUCUUCUCUAAAGGUGUAUUGUUGUAUUACUAUGCGAAUUGAAAAUAAUGAGUUUGGUUUGUACUUGAAUAAUGUCUUUUAUUAUGUUUUGAUUAUUGGUGUCGAUGUAGUGUAAUUUGACUCUUUUGUAUAACUA